CGUCGCCAUCUUAACAGCGGGCACUCCCAACGGUAGCAGAGCCUCGGGAAGCUUCUAGUCGCCUUCCUGGUUGGGGGCCGCACCGAGGGUGGAGCUGCGCCGUCGGAAGCGGAAGAGGCUCCCGGCCCCACGUGGAAGCCGCGCUCAGGAUGCUGCGCCGCGAGGCCCGCCUGCGCCGGGAGUACCUGUACCGCAAGGCGCGCGAGGAGGCGCAGCGGGCCGCCCGGGAGAAGAAGGACAAGGUGCGGCGCGCGCUCGAAGAGAACCGCCUGAUUCCCACGGAGUUACGCAGGGAGGCUCUGGCCUUACAGGGAUCCCUGGAGUUUGAUGAUGCCGGUGGUGAAGGUGUGACCAACCACAUGGAUGAUGAAUAUCGAUGGGCAGGGGUUGAGGAUCCUAAGGUCAUGAUCACUACCUCUCGAGAUCCCAGUUCUCGCCUCAAGAUGUUUGCAAAGGAGCUGAAGUUGGUGUUCCCAGGUGCCCAGCGCAUGAACCGCGGCCGGCAUGAGGUGGGGGCACUGGUGCGAGCCUGCAAAUCCAACGGGGUCACCGACCUGCUGGUGGUCCAUGAGCAUCGAGGCACACCUGUGGGGUUUAUUGUCAGCCACCUGCCCUUCGGCCCCACUGCUUACUUCACACUGUGCAACGUGGUCAUGCGGCAUGACAUCCCUGACCUGGGAACCGUAUCAGAGGCCAAGCCUCACCUCAUCAUGCAUGGCUUCUCCUCCCGCCUAGGGAAGCGGGUAAGUCAUGGUCCGCGGGUUGAGGGCUGGGGGCAGGGACUUCCAGGCUGGGCAUCUGCCGCUCUCCUUCCUCUGACCCAGGUCUCUGACAUACUCCGUUACCUGUUCCCCGUGCCCAAAGAUGACAGCCACCGAGUCAUCACCUUUGCGAACCAAGACGAUUAUAUCUCCUUCCGGCACCAUGUAUAUAGGAAGACCGACCACCGCAAUGUGGAGCUGACUGAGGUUGGACCUCGCUUUGAACUAAAGUUGUAUAUGAUUCGUCUGGGCACGCUGGAGCAGGAGGCCACAGCAGAUGUCGAGUGGCGCUGGCACCCCUAUACCAACACUGCACGCAAGAGGGUCUUUCUGAGUGCUGAGUGAGCCCACUCGCUGAUCAGAUAUGAACUGACUCAGGAGGAGGGGGGAGGGGCCAGAAUAAAGUCUCCGUGCCACAUUA